AUGGCCUCUGAAACCCUGACCACCGUCUCGCCCAUCACGAACAGGCCCGUCCUGACCCGGGCGGGCGUGACACGAGACGAGCUCAAGGCGCUGCCCAAGGCGGCCCAGGAGGCGUUCCGGGCCUUUUCGAGAUCAACGACGCUCGGCCAGAGGCAGGAGAUAGUCGCCAGGGCGCUGGGCCUGAUGGCGAAGAAGAAAGACGUGCUGGCUCGCGAGGUCACAGAGCAGAUGGGACGGCCGGUCGCCUACACGGGAGUCGAGCUGACGACAGCCAUCCGGCGCGGAGAAUACCUGAAUCGGAUUGCGGGCGAGGCCCUGGGUGAAGCCUUGCCCGGGGACGCUGAGCCCGGGUUCAGGAGAUAUCUGAAAAAGGAGCCGCUGGGCGUCGUCCUCGUCAUUUUCGCCUGGAACCAGACGAACAACGGCAAAGAGAGAGGGGAUGCUAAAUGUGACUCGCUGGGAGAACAGUAUCCCUACUUGAUCCUCGUCAAUAGUUUGAUCCCUGCUCUAUUAGCGGGAAAUGCUGUGAUUCUUAAACCUUCCCCACAAACCCCGACGGUCGUCGAGCAGAUGGCCUCGAUCUUCCUUGAAGCAGGUCUUCCCCGUAACGUGCUGCAGUAUUUCCAUUGUGGCUCCGCCGUGGACCUGGAGACCAUCGUCCGCUGCCCCCUGAUCAACCACAUCUGCUUCACCGGCUCAGUUGCGGGAGGGCUGGCCGUCCAGAAGGCUGCUGCAGACCGCAUAGUGACCGUCGGGCUCGAGCUGGGCGGCAACGACCCGGCCUAUGUGCGCGAGGACGUGGAUGUAUCCUGGGCUGCAGCAGAGAUCGUUGACGGCGCCAUCUUCAACAGCGGUCAGAGCUGCUGCUCCAUCGAACGGGUAUACGUUCAUGAGAAAGUACACGAUGCUUUGAUCCAGGAGAUCAAAAAAGUACUCGCCAGCUACCGCGUUGGCGACCCGUUUGACGAAAAGACCCAGAUCGGGCCCGUCAUAUCCAAGAGGGCCAAAGAGAGCAUCCUAUCCCACAUCGAGGACGCCAUCAAGCGCGGCGCAAAGGAUGAAACUCCCGCAAAUGCCACAUUCGACAAUCUCCCGUCUGCCGGCAACUUUGUGAAACCUACUCUAUUGACCGGCGUCACGCAUGAUAUGCGGGUGAUGACUGAAGAGACCUUUGGUCCCGUCAUACCUGUCAUGAAGGCCAAGGGUGACGAAGAGGCCGUACGAUUGAUGAACGACAGCGACCUGGGACUGACCGCUAGUAUCUGGACAAAGGACGUCGCGACGGGCGAGAAGCUGAUACAAGAUAUCGAAGCUGGCACUGUCUUUGUCAAUAGGGCCGAUUACCCGAGCCCGGAUCUCGCUUGGACUGGAUGGAAAAACUCCGGAAGAGGCGUCACGCUGAGCAGAUUCGGGUUCGACCAAUUCGUUAAAUUGAAGAGCUUCCAUUUGAAGGAUUAUCCAAAAUAG